UGUCUUAAUGCAGUUCAUAUUCCCUUUAAUAUGACAAUAUACAUGCAUGGAUAUAAUGAGCAGUGUAGCCAUUACAAUCACGAUUCUUAAUGAUGCAUGUCUAUUUUUUUUUUCUUUUUUGACAGAAAACGUUAUGAACGACACAUUAUCGACAGAAGACACCAAAGAACCCAACGACAACAUCAAGCUUGUCGAUAUACCUCAAGUCUGGACAAUUAUUAUUGUCGCCAUAAUGGUUAUUGUUGUCAUGUUGACUAUAGUAGGAAAUAUUGCCGUUAUGGUUGUUCUUCGUUACUCAAAUGUGCUCAACUCCAUCGUUAACUCACACUUUUUAAUCUCGUUAUCGAUCGCGGAUCUUCUUGUAGCUACGUUGGUAAUGCCAUGCGCACUAGAUGCUGUCAACACAGGUACAUGGAGAUGCGGGGAAAUCUGGGGCAUGUUCAACGGAUUUGGAAAUUUUUUAUUCUGCAUUUCGUCUAUUAUGCAUCUGAUGAUGUUAUCGAUUGAUCGCUAUCUGGCAAUUGCUCGUCCGUUGUUUUAUCCACUUGAAAUGACAAAGUCACGCGCCAUUAUAUUGUGUUUCGUUUUAUGGGCCUACUCCGCCGUUUGGGCGUUUCUGCCUUUAUUUGGUGUAAGUUCUUACGAGUGCUUUAUAAGUUACAUCGGCUGGUGUAAGGCGGAAGAUUGGUCCAAAUAUGGUUUGAACUUUGGUUUUGCCAUCUCCGUUGUGUCUGGCACUUACGGCCUGGCUUUGAUCUCCAUGGUGUACGUGUAUUGGAAGAUUGCUCGGGUUAUCCGAAAGCAACUUCGACGCAUCAAAGAUGUUACGUACACGGACCGCAAAACGUCGGCGAACAACAGGGAAAAUAACUGUCCUUCGACUACAAACAAGCAGGCAAAGAUGGCCAACAAACUGAGCCGAAACAAAGGGGUGGUCACGUUACUGGUUGUGACUUUGGUUUACCUGGUAUGCUGGUCACCGUUUUGCAUUUUGCUCUUCGUAGAGAUUGGAACAGGGAAGAAGAUACCAGGACCUUACGGAACCGUUGCCAUGCUUGUUGGAUUUGCGAAUAGCUGCUGCAAUCCUGUCAUUUAUUCGAUAAAAUACAGGAGAUUUAGAAUCGCCGUGAUUAAAAUGCUGGGUAAAACAAAUUUCGUUUUGAAGUUUUCGAUGUCUAACGCUGGAAUGUCUACAAUUGGUGAUGAUCACGUCAGGAGAAUACAUCCACUGGAAAUAACAGAAUCAAGACUGUGAAUGAAACUGAAGGGAGGAGGUUAGAGCAAAAGGUUCCUUUGUUAGACAUAUACACUGUAGCUAUCAUGGCGGCCCAGAAACAGACGACAACCAUUACCAUCUACAGUUUUUGCAAUCUUGAAGCAUUACAGUGGUUAUAUUUUCAAUAUCUUUUAAACAGCAACAACAAAACUAAGACAUAUAAUUAUUAACUCGUAGCCUACGAACAAGCACCCGGUUGGGUUUUAGUGCGAGCUAGCCGAGUGUGGUACAGGGCGAGCGGUCUGGUAACAAGGGGGAACUCGCCGAAUAUUUUUCAGCCUUCGCGGGAGCCUGUUCGCAGGCUACCAAUCCUCCGUAGGAAAAAGGAUGGCGACUGGUACAUUUACCCACAGUUCUUAGCGAGCCAAAGCCUUAACAACGUUCAUAAAAACGCACAGAAGAGUUACAAAAUCUUAAAAGCUAGCAUACACAAAGUCCUUAGUACAGAGACAAAUAUUGUAAGAAUUUGUCUUUCUUUGUGCCUUACAGGCUGUGUUAGGUUCGCAAGGUACUGUGGUAAAAUGUAGAGCCGCCAUCUUUUUUCCUACGGUGGAUUCGAAGCUCUCGGUAAAUGUCAUAAAAGUUCAAUCACCUUGAUUAAACAACAACUUUAAAAAUUCUCGAUGUAAAGUAGUCAACAAAAGCAAUUAGAGUUGAGCUUGGAUCCUUCGAGAAAUAAAAACAGCUGCAAUAACUUA